CCCUUCACUUCAGUUCUCCCCUGCACUGUGUCGUUUCACACCUGGACCUGCCUACAGAUCCAUUCAUGGAGCUCUUGGAAGGGAAGAUCUCUUGGAAGAAACUCCUCACCUUCCUCCUCUUCAGCUUCAUCUUCAGCUUCUGCCUCUUUGCUUCUCUUCGUCAGUUCAGGACUCCCGAGCCAGAGGAUUACAAUUCCUAUCUUUCUACAGAAAGACUCCCAGCUGGAAGUACCAGCAUGCUGCCGAAGAGUGAGCGCAUGCUGACCAUCCUGCUGUGGACAUGGCCCUUCGGUCAGCGCUUUAAUUUCAGCAACUGCUCGGAGCUCUUCGACACCCCGAACUGCCACUUCACCACCAACCGCAGCUGGUCCCAAAAGGCAGAUGCUUUGAUUAUGCAUCACAGGGAUGUGUAUUGGGACAGAGAGAGGCUGGCCCGGAUCCCCAGGCUCCCAUCCCAGCGCUGGAUCUGGUUCAACAUGGAGUCCCCAAGUCAUUCUCCAAACUUAGGUGCCAUGGACCACCUCUUCAACCUGACUAUGUCAUACCGGAGAGACUCAGACAUCUUCACCCCCUAUGGGGAGCUGCAGCUGCUCAGCGAGCCCCAGCCCUUCAGCAUCCCACCCAAGACCAAGAUGGUGGCCUGGGUGGUCAGUAAUUGGAGACCAAGCUCCCACCGGGUGAAGUACUACGAGGAGCUGAAGAAACACAUCCCUGUGGAUGUGUACGGGCGGCAACACUUGCCCCUGUCCAUGGACAUGCUCCACCAAACUGUAUCCCAGUACAACUUCUACUUGGCCUUUGAGAACUCAGAGCACAAAGACUACAUCACUGAGAAGCUCUGGAGGAAUGCCCUGUCCUCUGGCACCAUCCCAGUUGUUCUGGGGCCACCUCGAGAAAACUAUGAGCACUUCUUGCCCCCCGACUCCUUCAUCCACGUCGAUGACUUUGCCAGUGCUGGUGAACUGGCGCAGUACCUGCAGGAACUGAGCAGGGACACCGAGAAGUACCAGCGCUACUUCCAGUGGCGCAGGUGGCUGAAACCUGUGCUGGGGAUCGGCUGGGCCCUGCAAGUCUGCAGAGCCUGUCACUUCCUGCAGAGGACAGAGGCCAGCUACCACGUUGUGCCCAAUCUGUCUAAGUGCCUCCAGUCUCUGGAAACAGUUCUGGAUGGACUCCACUGAUUGAAAGGCAGAAGUAAGGGGUAGAGAGGGGAAGGUGGAGAAGCAAUUUAUACAAUUGUAAAUCUGUUUCAAGGACUUUGUACUGUGCAAAGCUGCAGCUGGAGGGGGUGGCCAUGCUGUGCGGCUACUGCUGCUGCAGGAGUGGUGGCUGUGCUCCUCCCUGCUGACCUCUCUUUGCCUCAGGCUCUGCCUUUGGGGUGCUGCAUCAGGAUGCUAAGCAGGCAGGAGACUGCUGCCUUUAUUUUACAAGUCUGCUGUUUGGACAGCUUAGUGAGACAGCGUGGGCCUGGGGAAGGAUCUGACAGGGGCACACUGGUGUGGGUAAGGAGUGGAGUGACACGGAUGAGCCCUGAAAGCGCUGUGAAGUUUUCACACAUGCAGCACCCUAUGGCAAAGAAAUACUGAGCACGGCUGUGUGUGACGGACUGCCUCCUCCUGUGUGCCCGAACAUCCCAACUUCUGCCCAUCAGCUGAUGGCCGUGCUCUGGGCCAUGCAUUACAAACACCUUUUUGUGUUUGACCUUUAUUAAACUUCCUGCUGCUGUUCAGGUCAUAGUACUGGAAAGUUUACUUUCCAGCUGGGGAACCCCUUUGCAUGGAGAUAAGAGGCACAGCCCAGGCUCCCUGCGGCCACCUCCGGACAUCCAGCUUGUCUUCCUGACUGCUGCUGAGCCCUGAGCGGAGGUUUCCAAAGGUCUGUUGUAGCCCCAGGAUGUUUCCACGAGGAAAGUCAACUCCAAGUCCAGCAAUGCGUAUAGAGACACAAUUGUUUUCUCCAUCAGCACCAUUUAGUAAAGAUUUCCAAAGAAUUCCCUCUGCAUUUCCUUGCGCACUCAUUCUGUGGCUGAUGACCCACCAACGAGACCUUAUCUUUAGCAUUGUGAGUCUGUUCUUUCACAACCUUUGUCGCCUGCUUUUUUUUUUUUCUCUCUGCUUUGCAGAUUGGUUGAAUAUAUUGAUCAUCACAAGCCUAAGAAUAAAUCCUUCACUCUGAAAUCUGAACUUUUAUCCCUCCUCUAUUUCCCAUCAUUCUGAUGGUACCCAUCUAGAUGGAGCCUCACCAACGCUGCUUCGUUUCUUGAAGAGCCUUUGCUGGAUCUUAGCAAAGAAAUUCACAUAGAGAAACACGCCACAUCUUCCUUGGCCACGUGCUUGCUGACUGCUUCAAAGAAGAGCAAAAUAUUUGUGAAGCAACCAUCUUUAUUGCCAAAUAUUUGCCCAUGUUUCUGCCCCUGCCUUGCCUGCCUGCAGACACACACCUCUCCUUUAGCUCCUGGAUGCACUGACCAACCUGGUGUUCUUCCCAUCUUGAAGCCCUCUAGGUCCUGAGCAGCUGGAGAAAUGUAAGAUGUUAAUGCUGCUGACUGAGCUGGGAUAGAUGUGAUUAGAGAGAACUAAUAUUCUGCAGGUGAGCGGUCUCUUCCUGCUGAGGAAGGGCUGGCAGGGACAUGGGAAUGGCAGGACAAAAUCCAGCAUGAACCUUCCCCUCCUCAGUGAAGUGGAGGCACACACACAGGCUGAGUUCCUUAUGGGAUGAGAAAGCUGACACCACAGUUGGGAAACUCUGGAAGGGGUGACUUAAUCGAAGGAAACAUCUGGAUGGCUGCACCGCGGGGCCUGGGGCUGGUUUUUCCCAUCUGCACCCACUUGGGAAAAUGCCAUACGUCAGUGUGAGGGGCUCCUUCAGUCCCUCAGAGAGGUGAUGUGAAAAUACCCUGCUCCCCAAAAACCUUCCCUGCUUUCACCCAAAGGUGAUAGAAGCCAGGCUGAAAUGUUCUCAGCUGAUGCUUUUGGGCAGAGAUGGUCUGGAAAACAAAGGGGAGAGGUUUGCUUCCCCAAAAGGAGAGCAAGAGGCUGAUCCUCAUAGGAAACUGAGGAAAGAAUAAUGUAAAAAAAAGUCGAGUUUUUGGAGCAGGGUCUAAGCAGACAGUUGCAAUCUAAGGCAGGAGAUGGUCAGCCUUCCCUGGUGCCAGCUGGUAUGGCAUGGCUUGGGGUUCUGUCCCUCCGCUGAGAUAUCCCUGUCUUCUCAUGGCCUGGAAAAGUGCUGUGUCCCCCGACUCCAAGUAUUUCCAGCAUCCUAGGAAAUAUCCCCAUGGCCCCACUGAGCUUCCUACCCAUGGAACCUUUGCUCUGUAGGGCUACCAGGAGCAGAGAGGAAAGGCAGAGCGUGAGAAAAACACAAAUCCCCAUGUAGUGCAGCACUGCAGGUGGGGAUGGGAAGAGAAAUGGCUGAGAUAAACCAAAACCCUGAGAACACAGGAGAUGGAGCCCUCUGAGCUCAAUAGCUUCAUCCCUGCCAGGUCCUGAGUGCAUGAUGGAAACCGAACCAACCCCAAAAUUGUGCUUUCCAGCUUUUUGGAACCUAUGGGCAGACACCCAUCCCAUUUCUCAGGUAUUUCCUUUUCUACUUAAAAACAAAGACAUGAAUACCGAAUGUCAGGGUGUUACAGCUAGCACCAGCCAGUGAAGAUGGUGAAGACCCCCACAUCCAAGUGAGCAACACACACCUCAACCCCAAGAAAUGGCACUCAGAAUCCCUUCAGCCCAGCAGCAUGACCUGUCUGUAUGCUGUCGCCUGCAAACGUUAUUUUCUUUCUGGACGAGUCAGAGUUUCCAAGCGGCCCUCUCCAAUUCGAUCACUAAAACUUCACUUCAUCUUUCUUUUUGCCUUUCUCUUCUAUUUUUUUCGGGCAGGCCGGCAGCAGGAUCGCAGCUUUUGCAGCACACACACCCCCGCACCCCCGCACACGCGGUCACAGACGGAGAUUUAUGAGCCUCAAAAGAUGCUUCGUAAAAUAUUUACAGAGCAGAGCUUCAGGGGCGAGUGGUUGAGUCGGCCACGAGACGUCAGAUCUCUGGGUGGCACGGCGGGGGGAAGAUAAACAGACCUUUUUUUCCAUUCCUGAAAAACCACUAUAAACCUUUUGGGUUCAACGGCGUUUUUGCCUGCUCCCUUCUGCCCACUGAAAGAGGCGGAUGCGUGGGGCCGAUGGGUGGUAAAGAUGGAAUGAACAAGUGCUGCUUGGAUGAGUGGUUGAGGGCUGAACUUGGCUGGGAUUCCAAACUGCAACGUUUUCCCCAAAGCAAAAUACUAACCACCAUCAUCAUUGUCUUAAUAUGAGGAGCAACAAAACCACAGCCAACGCUGCUGCUGACUGCGAGUUGUUUUCCCUAUAAAACUUUUCUAAGCUCAGCGCUGCUUCCGGAUGAGCAAAUGAAACACGUUUCUGGCUGACCUUAUCAAAACCUUACAUUCUCUUUCUCCACUUCUUUCCUUUAAAAAAUAUAUAUUUUUUGGACGCGAUUUUGCCAGAAUUGGUGCAUCCCUAUGGGACACUUCAGCUUUGAGCCAACCCAAGUGGAAGAGCCUUCGAGCAGAGGGGAUGAGGAUGAUUAUUUCUGUGGCCAAACCAGUACAGAUUCAUACAGGCAACAACCUAGCCCUGGUAAUGUUUUAAAUCAGUGCUUUUGCAGCAAUACAUCUUUGUGAUGGUGGAAUGAUACAAACAGGGGCUGCUGGCAGAUGUGCAUGGAGGUUUCUGCAGGAAAUGGGAAAAUAAAGUCAAGCUCCAUCUGCCCCUUAGCCUGCAGAGAGCCACAUGGACCCUCUCUGCUCUUCCAAGAGAAAACCCACAUCUCCCAUUUCCAUGCUCAUCCCCAUCCCCAUGCUGGGGACGUAACCGCGCACCGCAAUGAGUCGCUCAUAGGCAGCAGUAAGAUGAAAACCACAGAGAAAUCAACACAACCACAGAGAAAUCAACAUAAUUCUCCUUUUAUUUUCACUUUAUCGUGAGUAUGUAACAGCAUCACACCCGAGUUUAUGUUUGUUUAAAAAAAAUAAUAUCAUACUGCAUUCUUUUUUUCCCCCAACGUUUAGAAUAAAUGGUAAAAAUGUAAUAAAUGUAAACUGCACUUGGCACCAUUUGGAUCAAUAAAUAAAAUCUUAAAAAAAAAAAAA